ACUCUGAAGCCGUUUCAGUCUGUCGUUUGACAGUCAUGUUGCAAUGCUGUUUUUUGCGAUGAAAAUAAGGAAAAGGGUAUAAAUUGUGAAUCAACAUGACAAAAGCUAACGGUUUGAAGAAUAUAAUGUUUAUGAAAAUCAACGAAAAGAGAUAUCAAGGAGCCGAAGCGAAACCAGAACGACAUGGCGGGAGAGCCGUUGCAAAAAUUCCAAAACCGAAACCCAUAAACGAGACAGAGGGGUAUCGGAUCAUCACAGAUCUGUUCAGACGGAAUGAUGCAAAAGCCAUUGUGAAAAUGGGAUCCUCGGCUGAUGUUCUGGGCAUGUCCCCCCUCGCCCUGGCUGCCAGUGUGGGUCAUAAGGACGCCGUCGUCUGUCUCCUCAACGUCAACUACAACGUCAACAGGCAGUCACCGGAUGGGACUUACCCCCUCAUUCAAGCGGUGAGGGGAAAGUUCCUCGAAAUCGUCGAACUGCUCUUGAAGAAAGGGGCGAUAGUGACCCUACAAAAUUAUGAAGGGGACAACGCUUUUAUGAUUGCCAUAGUAACGGGAGACGCCAAUAUCAUCAACAAGGUGUGGCCUUACAGAGGUGACCUUGACAUUAACCAGGCCAACAAAUAUGGGACAACAGCGCUACACCUGGCAACGGAGAAGAAAUGGGAGGGAUGUGUUGAGUUCCUCUUGUUGAACGGUGCCGAUGUCAACAGACGCAACGCUAAUGGCUGCACGGCUCUAUUCAUCGCUGUCGUCACCGGCGACAUGAAGCUGACGGAGAAACUGGUGGCACAGGGAACAGACAUCCUCAUCGAGGACAAUGACGGCUUCUCCGCCAUAUGUCGCGGCAUUGAGGCGGAGAAAGAGGACAUCGUCAAGUACCUGAUGACCAAACUCAGUAACGCCCAGAAAGAGUUCUACGCCAAGGGCCGCAUUGACAAGCUGCGAGCGCUGACGAUGGAGGAACUAGACAGUCACUGCAAUGAGGAACACGACGCCUUCUUCGAAACACUGUUCACCAUGUUCCAGUCCGAUAUAUUCAAGGACACGCUGUACAGGAUCAAGGCCAUCCCUAACGUCUUAAACACCUCCCGCCAAUACACAGCCGAGGCCGACAUCAUGUCCACCAUGUUCUUCCUCUGCAGCAUGCUGAUGACCGACUUUGGUACUAUCAUAGAUGAGCGGUUCACCCUGCAGUUCAUCAGAUCGCAGGGCCAUGACCUCGUCAUGAAGACAAUCAAGCAGAACCCGGACAUCGAGAAGCUGGAACAGAGACAGGAGAACGAGACGGAUAUCAUAGCGGGGAUGCUGCUGCCUCUGAUAUGCAUGCAUGGGAUCGAGGAAGGGCGGGACUGGCUGCAGAAAAACCUCAGCAACUUGCAUCUGGUUAAGAUGACGGAUUACCUCCGAUCUGGAUCCACGAUUGAGAAUUUUUUCAAUUGUGCCAAAUGUCCCCCUAGGUUCAAGAAGGCCUGGAACUCCUAUCUUGAGUUCUUCGAUAACAUGGUGAUGGACAGGAGGGUGGAGAAUCAGACCCAUCUGUUGAUGAACGAGGAGAAGGACAAACAGAAGGCAAAAAAGAAGAGGGAUCGGAAGAGGCUGAGGAGACAGAAACAGCGGGAGGCGAAGGAGGAGAAUGUCAAUAAGAACGCCAAUGGAAAACUGUCGGACGAAGAGAUCAACAAAGCUGUGGGAGCGGAGAAAUCCACAAAGAGGACAGACGAAAACGUCAGGUACGACCAACACGUGCUUAUGCCUGACUGGAAUGUGUGUAUAGAGAACGUCAGGGAAAGUGACGGUAAUAUAAUCCAGACAAGACAUGAUCCAAUGCAGUUCAGAUACAACUACGUGGAACCGACACAUGCUAAGAAGUCGAACGGCUAUCACAUGCAUCAGACGGCUCCGCCGUUGAGAACCAACAAGGACGAUAAGACUGAGUGGCAGAAGGUUGAGAACAGACGGGUAGCAGCUGCAAAGACAGCAGCCAGCAAACAUGCCCAGAGGAAUCAAAAUAUUCAACCAUCAAGGAAACCAAAGAGGCAACAAAACAAAACCAAGGAUUUUGUUAAACCGGCAGUUGCAAAGCCCGCUAAACGAGUCAUGGGCAAUGUGUGUUGGGCUGAUGUUGCAAAGGGUAAAGUGUCGUCACAGCACCUGCAUCAACAGCAGGAAAUACUGCUACAGACAGAACAGUAUCGACUGCAGCAGGAAAAACUUGAAGAACGCCAAAAACACCCGAGGUGUCCUGAACAGCAACGCCAAGACAUCAGUGCCCAUCGCCAGGAGGUUUUCACAUAUGAAGACGAUUUCCCUAACCUGCCAGAGGAAGAAGAAAGGGCAAGCGUUUGCGAAACCGACGUUUCAGAAGCUCAGUCGACUUCCACAGUGUCCUUCUGUGAGGAGCAGGAAAUCGAUCAGAUUCCUGACCCUGUAGUGGAGUCUGAUAUCAUGGGCAGUGUACCAGUCAACCAGGCUCAUUCGGAUGAUAACUCUCAAACCGACACUGCGUACAUGCAUAUGCAGCAGCUGCAUCAUCAUCAGCAACAGCAGCAACAGCAGCAACAGCAACAAUAUCCUCAACAUUUUCAGCCUCCGCCACCUCAGUUCAUAUCUCCAUAUCCGAUGAUGGGUCAGAUGCCAGUGCCCACACAAACGUGGAUGUGUAGGUAUGGGCUAAAUCCUGCUACAAGACCACCUCCGGGGUUCCAGCCUCGUAUGAUGCAUCCACAAAUGCGGCCAAGGGUACCACAGAUGCACCAGCCGUACGGCUUUAGAGUCAACUUUCCUCAAGGUCCAGCAUUCCCUGCACCGCAGAUGACGAUGGCUAACAUUGCACAGUCUCUGCUACAGCCGUACCUUGUCGAAGACAAAGUAGGGGGAGAGAAGGAGCAUGGCGAGGAAAGAGAGCAGAUUGCUGGAGAAUGUCGGCCUCAAGAGAACAAAUGGAAUGGCUUUGACAAUCCUGUGAUUACUGAGGAGGACUGUUUGACAGUGAGUCCAGUCUUCCACAACGCAUCCCCGAAUGCUACAGAGAAUAUCUGGAACGCAGAACAGCCAGACAACUGCUUCCUGGAAACAUCUGAGAGCAGUUCACCUGGGGCACCUGCGUCUUGGACAAACAUGCUGACCAAAGACACGACGACGAGCAUUAAUGAAGGGAUCGUCAUCCCAGAACCGGCCCAGCAAAGUGUACAGCAAAAUGUCCUUUCAGAGAAGUCUCCCGAUCUGUGCCGACGUGAUGGGUUUCCGGGGCAAGAGUGCCAGCAGGGACUGAAUGAAGAGGACUUCGGCAAAAUAAUUGCACACAUCGCAAAAUGCUUGGCUGCGUCAAAAUCCGAAUCUGUUCUCUUCCCGGAGACUCUGAGAGAUGAAGCAGAAAAGACUUCUGCAACAGCAGCUCCGGCAGCCACCGCGUUUCCUCAGAACCAGGAGGUGUUCCCCGGAUUCCAUGACAUGAAGAGCUCGGUGGCUGGCAACGAAAGUCUGAACCCAUUCCUGCUUGAGAACAUGGCCAAGGAGCAGGUGAAACGUCAGUACAGGACAAUAGCCGGGAAGCCAAUGCUUGAGAACUCAGUCUACUUCCACGACUUUGACUACUACGCCUCUCUGUAUGGAUUAACAACCGAGGAGUUGCGAGACAACGCUGCUCAGUAUGCCAACGUUAAUGAGAUCCCCGUCGACGAUGUCGUCAAUAACAAUGCUGGACAAGGGGAUGGUAUCAGCAAUCCUGAAGAAGGUCUGGCGACCAUGAUGAAUAGCGCUACAAAAGGGAAUGAGGUCAGCGAUCACGUGAUUGGUCAUCACACUACGUGUAUCAGCCUUGAGAAAGAGGACCCUGAGGCGGCCGAAGUGCAGUGGACGGCCCAGAGUCGCAGGUGGAAGGAUAAACUAGCACAGCUUAUCGAUCUGCCGUACACGAUGAGGAAGCAAAUGGGCAGAAUUGUCAUACCGCUCAACACCGACGAUUUCAAGAUUAGCAAGUCGGGUGAAAGCGUGGUGUUGGGCUUCCUGACGGACGGGUGUGAGGUGGGGGUCAGCAUCCUCGAAGCUGAGCGCGAGAUGGUGGACAAAGACCUCAUCAAGAAACUGGCCGCGUCCGACACCAAAUACAACUUUCUCCUGAGAUACAAGGCCCUGGCGGAGGUGGGGAGUAAGCACUACCUGGCCACUGAGCUGUGCGACUACACAUUGGAGGAAUACAUCGCAAUCACCCGUCUGGACCACAACCACGACCCUCUGGCCGCAAACAGACUCGCCUGGCAGCUCCUCAAGGGCAUCCGAUACCUCCACGACGACAUCGGCAUCGUCCACGGCAACCUCAGGCCCGACAACAUCUACGUAGACAGCGAAGGCAAGCUGAGGGUGGGCGGUUACGGCAUCAUCAAGAAGGACAAGUUCGGCCACUUCUCUACACGUCCAACAGGGGGGAACCUGUGCUGGCAAGCAACCGAGACCUUUGCAGAGGAUGAAAACUCCAUCCCAACAACGCGGUCGGACGUGCAGGUCGUCGCCAUGAUCCUCUACUACAUCCUCACCGGCGGACGACAUCCCUACGGCAACAACAAUUUUGAGAUUGAGCUGAACCUGUGUCAAAACUGUGCGGAGCUCUCCUUCAUCAGCGAGGAGGCUAACGAUCUGAUUAAUGACAUGCUGUUCUCUGAUGUCAGCGCCAGGCCAUCCAUCGACGCUUGUCUCAGGCAUCCGUUCUUCUGGUCAGAAGAGAAGCGGUUCCGGAUGGUGCUCAUCGCUGGCUCGGAUGUGCUCAAGGAGAUGAAAACAGGAAUUGCCCUGACUGGCUCGGGAAGCACCACCAUGACAGACUUCCUGAAUGUGUCGGAAUAUCUGGUGAUCAGCGACGGCUGGAUCAACGUCAUCGACAGCUCCGUGCUGAAGGAGAUGCGAGCGUUCCGCCAGUACAAGAACACCCUGGCUGAGAUGGUGCUGUUUAUCUACAACUGCUGUCUGCAUUUUGACAAGAUGUCCCACGGUGCCCGAGAUGUACUUGAUGACCCCUGUCGAUACUUCUUGGCGCGGUUCCCUCCCUUGUUUAUGGCCGUGUACAAAGCAAUCAAGGCGUCCGACAGAACAGAUCGCACCUGCUAUCGACCCUUCUUCUAGAAUCGUUAGAUAAGAGUCUUACAUUAAUUAUGUAUAGAUAGAUCUGAUAUUUUUGUGAAAACUAUAUAAAACCCGAUAAAUAUUAGACUGAUUCUUGACCCUCUACAUGCUCAUAUAUUCUAGAGAAAUAUACUAUUUACAUAUACACAUAUACACUUAGCCUUUUAAAUAGGUAUUAAAUGUGUUUUAGAUUUUUCAUUCAGAACAUGUAUAUACAUUUGUAAUAACUUCAAUUUCUUGAUAGGCUGUAGGCAGUGUUUUAUAUAUACAUUUAGUCCGUAGGUUUUACAACAGGCACAUUUGUUACACGUUUUUACAUCCGUCCAAUGUUAAAAAGAAUAUAAUUAUUGAUUGUUGAUUUAUAUCGAUGUGUACUGCAACAUUAUUAUUAUUUAUACUAGUACU